GGGAGAGGCGGCUGGAGCGUAGAGCGAGACGGGACCAGUGUCAUGGAGGCAGGUCUGGCCUGCUGGCUGUCCGUCGACCUGCUCCCUGGCUUACCUGACAGUGCUCGCCAGUGUUUCCAUAGCCGCGUACACCGAUGGAUCGUCCCGCGAUCCUCUCGUGAGCCCGUUGCGCUCGCCGGACACGCUCGGACUUAUCUUCAUCCUCGUCUUCGGCAUCCCCUAUUCUUAGCCGGUCUACCGAUCCGCGAGCACCCGCAGCACCGGCCGGGGCCCGAUCUUGGAAGCCGAUCGAACGGAGGAGCUCGAUCCUCGAAACCGAAGAAGCUCGUCUCCCGAUAGGGGAUCAUCAGGUCCCGAAGGGAAGAGACCGGGUGAAGCGGACGCGGUGUCGGCCGCGGAGGGAGGGAAGUGACACGUUGCGAUACGAUCGAUCCAACGGGGAAGUUACAUGCGUUUAAACGGACUGGCUUUCGGCGAGCGAUCGCGGGCCAGCAGCAGCAAUGUGCUCGUGACAGCCAGGCCCGGACACGAAAUCGGUCGACGUCGACGCGGAUCGGUGUACUGUUCGCCGCGUGUUCAGCCAGCCUCGCGGAUCCUCUUCUUCGGCCACGUCUAGCCCCCGACGAACGCGAUCGCUACUUCGAGAGAGGUUUCUGAUCGUCCGGCGAUCGUCCGCGAGGAGCCGGGCGGCGAGGAACGCACGCCAGAGAGACACACGCACCGGGAGGAAACGGAUAAAACGUGGGCGUUGAGUGAUUGUUGUCGGUGCUAGUUUCCAUUCGGAGUCAUGAGAGAUACCAGCGAUAUGAUGGAGGACGCCUUGUCCGAGAACACCAUGAUGGACUGCGGGGGCGACGGAGGGGGCCUCGAGGACCUCGUUGACCUGGCCACCGACGUUGCGGACUCGUCUCCGACGAUUCGAGAUGCUGCGGAGAGGUUGCUGACGCUGUUGGGCGUGGACGAGGAGUACGAGGACCUGUUGUCUUCCUCGGAGGACGAGGGAGUGGAGCUGGACGAGCUGGAGGACGACGAGGAGGAGCUGGAGAACACGAGGCUGCUGCAUCAGCUGGCGGCAUCUCUGGCAGCGGAGCUGAAGCAGUCCCAUCAGAAGCAGAACUCCUCGUCGAGGCUGUCGAGGAGUCCUCGCGACAGGGACCGGAUGGACCUGGAGUCCAGCUACCUGGAUCACGACUGCCUGGACGAACAGGACGCCGAGGAGACGUCCUAUCACGAAGAGAUCCCGGAGAAGUGGCAGUGCUCCUCGAGUUCCCGGGGCAAACAGGGUCGAUUCAUGGAGUCGCUGGAGCGUCUGGACCGUCGUCUGAGGAUGGAGGACGAUCUGGAGGACGAUUCCAGGAGCCAGGAGCAGGUCCCGCCGUCCUGGGGAGCCGGCUGGGACGCCUGCGCCUCCGAAGCUCUGAGAUACCUCGUCGAGGACGAAGGUCUGCCGCCCCAUCAUCCCACGGUCCUCGCCAUGAAGGACCAUCUGGAGAUGCAGAGGGGACGCGCUUUCGCUCAGUACACCGCGUAAACACCAUCGAUCUACGAUCCCAUCGGUAUUUUUUUAGCCAGCCUCGCCUGGCCCCGUAGAUCGGCCCGACCGCUUCUAGACGGAGGAUAACUACCGAGACCUCCGGGCAGCCUGAUCUUGGCUACUUUGUGCCACCUGUUACGGUGUUUUCCGAGAGAGUGCGAACUUGGGACAUUUCUGUUCAAAUGGUUGGAGCCUUCGAUGAUCGGUUCGCCACGGUCGUGGAUUAAAGAUUAUUCGUCAUUUCGUUUGUCGUAGAUCCAGAAAGUCUGCAGUCGAUUCUCUUGAUUUUGAAAUCUCCGUUGUCUUUUUCUAUUUAACAGAGACAUAGCUUUACGCGAUAGUGAACUCCCCUCUCCAAAUGAUUGCUAGCUCCGUUGUCCCUUCCAGAAGCGCCUAUAGAGCCUCUAGAAAUUCUUCUAGACGAGCUAAGAGAACAAUUGGAUCGCUUCUGUUCUCGUCGCGCGAAUCUUUCUAUCGUUUUUCUACCUAAAAAUCAAUUUUGCGACGAGGGACGAUGACGCAGAGGUAGCAGCAGGGUUCGCUGCUGAAGUAAAUCGUUUCGUACUAGAUCCGUCGAAUGUUAAAAGCUCCCUGGACCCUGUGAUUCUUCGGGAUCCGAGCACUAAAUGGAGGACGAACUCAGCUUCCAAUGGCGGAUCAGGCUCGGACGAUUUCCGUUCGUCCGCCGAAUCAACCUCCUUCCACCACCGUUUUGUUUCCCCCCAACAAAGCGAGCCGCCUUUUCAUUGUUCUCCCAUGAGCGCGAUGCGUUUCAUCGCGUUCUCCCUUCUUCGUUCCCUCUUCCCCCAUUUCAUUUCUUUUAACGUCCACUUUAUGUAUCGUCGUUAGCGCUAUCAAUAAUCGUCGUCGCUACAAUUAGCAUUAUCGUUCUUCUCUUUAUUAUUCAUUAUUUAUUUUUACAAUUAUCGUGAUAGGAUUAAGGGAUCCCGCGGAUCGAUUCUCGUGUCUCGCACUCGCACUCGCUCUCGAUCCAUUCGACGUGUUAGAUUCGGGGAACGAACGUCGAUGGAAACGAUGGAAACGCGGAUGGUUCAUACGCUGGAUCGAUAUGAACGUGGGGGUGGGCUCCACCUCCGGCUAAAUUAAUUUCCACGAGGGUUGUAGAUCGCGAAAAGUACGUGUAUCUUCGGCAAUUUGCAGAAACGAUUCAAAACGUCUCGAAUGUGUAUAUUAUUUUCAAUUGGUCUCCAUGGAAACUGUACUUUCCCACCCGGUAUUCCGAGACUUUGUCAAAUCCCGACCUUCCAACCCCUAAGUAGGAAGAAUUUUCCCGGCGUUUCGACCCUUUCGGUUGCAUUCUUUUUAUUCGGAGAAACAGAGAGAGAGGGAGAGAGGAGAAUUAGUUUCGAUCGAUUCGGAAAAAGGUGUUCACCGUUUCGAGAAUAGUGGUUGAAACGCUGGCACGCUGAAAGCAGGAUUAAAGACACCCCUAGGAGAAAUUCGUAGGCUAUUUUAUCAUAAGUGCGUGAGAGAGCUGGGCGCCGGAAGAAAAUUAUGCAUUUAAUUGCUGGAACCUUGCGCCGCGUUAUGCUUGCGCCGAAAUUACAUUUUCCACCCUCCAGUCAACCCUAAUUUUGAUACUGAGCGUUCGGUCGUAAACAAAGUCCGUGCACCCUUAUACAGAAUCUUAAAAGAAUUCGCAUUAUCCUCUAUUCGCCAGGAUUUUGAAUAAACAAAUUCUGUUAAAUAACUUGUAAACUCGUUAAGAAAAUAUUCGAACGAAAAUAUUGGUCGAUCGAAAAUAAUUUACGCAGUGUUCUUUUAGACAAUCGUCGGUCAACUCGGUGGAAUAUUUAAAUUCGAGGUUAAAUUAAUAUUCGAUAAAUAUAUCGAACGAAUCGCGUAACGCGGCGCAGGGUUCGAUCAUCGAUCGACCGGCGAAUAGUAUACGAAAAAUGAGGAUCCAGUGUCGCCGGAGGAACGACGGGAAAGGACUGUUUUAGAGAUCGGCGGCGCGUAACGAGAGUUAAUUGGCUAAUUAGGCGUACGAAGCUAAUCGCGAAUCGGUAGAUCUAGAUAAGGAAAAAUCGUUUCUGGUACAGGAGCGGUGUUCGACGUCGACAUUGGAUCGGUCGAGGAAAGCUAGCUGGAGGAUAGAUCGCCGCGAGUGGUUCUUGGGAUCGACGAACGACCUCGAUCGCGAAUCACUCGCCGUCUAAUCAAAGCGAAAACGCAUUUUUCUUUCUCUCCGGUAAAGACAAUCGAUCCCGCGAUCGAAGGCGUUCGCGGUCCAUCAAUCGGGAUUCUUGAUCCUCUCGGGAAUCGUUUCUAAACGAUCGACGAACGUCGCACGGGAUCGUCUCGAUCGGAUCGUCCCUUGUACAUAUGUAUGAUAUAUCGUUUUAACUUAUACACGACUAUUGUUACUUUUACAAUAAAUCAUUGUAGAUAACAUUGACCAGCAAAUAAACGAGCGAUAAGUUAAUUUA